AUGGUGUUGGCCUUGCGUGGGCGGAGCCCAGGCGCCCCUCUUGUUCCCGUCCCUCCCCGAGAGCUCCCCGCACCGCCGGAGCCACAGCACCUCCUGUUCGGAGGUCUUCAAGCACCCCAGCGAGGAUUAGGAGGCGUCGCUUCACGCACCGGCCCGCUGUGUCCCAGUGGUCUCAGGAGGCCGGGCGACUGGCCCAGCACAUCCAAGACCGCUCGGCUGGAAGGGAUUUCCUGGACCGUGGAGAGGCCGCAGGGGCUCCGUAGAGGCUCCCGUUUCUGGUGCAGAAAGCAGAGCGCGGGGUCUGGGCCUCCUCCUUACUUGCCCUGUGACCUGAGGCUGCCUCGCUGGGCCUGUUUCCUCCUCCUGAAAUUACUUGUGACCUCCAGCCAACCUGCCAAGCGGGGAGAAGCAGGAGUCUCUUGUUGGACCCCUGACUCUCCCACAGCCUCUCUUCAUAGCCUGGGAUCCAUCACCACCCAUCCUGGACUCAGUUUUUCCAUCUGUGAGAGGGUACAGAAUAAAGCAGCCUGA